UCUCGGAGGCCGUAGGACUCGGGUGAAGAUGGCGGCAGCCGAGGCCGCGAACUGCAUCAUGGAGAAUUUUGUAGCCACCUUGGCUAAUGGGAUGAGCCUCCAGCCGCCUCUUGAAGAAGUAAAUAUCCUUUUGUGAGACCCCCACCCAACCCACUUCCACAAUAAGCUUACUUGCUAUACAUCUGGCUCCCCAAGAGGUCUAACCAUCCUCUUGCUUCAAACCAGUUUCCUCCGCUGUGCCCCCUAAACACUUAGGACCUGGCCCCAGCUGGCUCCCCCAGAACCAUGGCUGCUUCCUUAACUCCAUCUCCAGCCCUCCUCCCCUGCCCUUCCAUGUGUCUGCCCUGGCUCCGCCCUCUCUCCCUCCCUCCCCAGCUGUGGGCUGAGCUAGAGACGGGGCAUAGAGCCUGGAGAGAUGGUUUCCUGUGGCCAAGCAGAAAGUAGUGAGAAGCCCAAUGCUGAGGACAUGACAUCCAAAGACUACUACUUUGACUCCUAUGCCCACUUUGGCAUCCACGAGGAGAUGCUAAAGGAUGAGGUGCGAACCCUCACGUACCGCAACUCCAUGUUUCACAAUCGGCAUCUCUUCAAAGACAAGGUGGUGCUGGAUGUGGGCUCGGGCACUGGCAUCCUCUGCAUGUUCGCUGCCAAGGCAGGGGCCCGCAAGGUCAUUGGGAUCGAGUGCUCCAGUAUCUCUGAUUAUGCUGUGAAGAUUGUCAAAGCCAACAAGUUAGACCACGUGGUGACCAUCAUCAAGGGCAAGGUGGAGGAGGUGGAGCUGCCUGUGGAGAAGGUGGACAUCAUCAUCAGCGAGUGGAUGGGUUAUUGCCUCUUCUAUGAGUCCAUGCUCAACACUGUGCUGCACGCUCGUGACAAGUGGCUGGCACCUGAUGGCCUCAUCUUCCCAGACCGAGCCACCCUGUAUGUGACAGCCAUUGAGGACCGACAGUAUAAAGACUACAAGAUCCACUGGUGGGAGAAUGUAUAUGGCUUUGAUAUGUCCUGCAUUAAAGACGUGGCCAUCAAGGAGCCCCUGGUAGACGUGGUGGACCCAAAGCAGCUGGUCACCAACGCCUGCCUCAUAAAGGAGGUGGACAUCUACACAGUCAAGGUGGAGGACCUGACCUUCACCUCCCCCUUUUGUCUGCAAGUGAAGAGGAAUGACUAUGUGCAUGCACUAGUGGCCUACUUCAACAUCGAGUUCACCCGAUGCCACAAGAGGACCGGCUUCUCUACCAGUCCUGAGUCUCCGUACACACAUUGGAAGCAGACUGUGUUCUACAUGGAGGACUACCUAACAGUGAAGACCGGCGAGGAGAUUUUUGGCACUAUUGGAAUGAGGCCCAACGCCAAAAACAAUCGUGACUUGGACUUUACCAUCGACCUGGACUUCAAGGGUCAGCUGUGUGAGCUCUCUUGUUCCACCGACUACCGGAUGCGCUGAGGAGGUGCCAGGCUGGCCCUCCUGCAAAAGGGGGCUCAGGGGCUGGGCUUGGGGGACGGGAGGGUACAUCGUGGCUGUGUUUUUCAUAACUUAUGUUUUUAUAUGGUUGCGUUUAUGCCAAUAAAUCCUCAGCUGACCGUGC